AUGAAUGGUUUCGAAGUCCCCAGCAGUGUCGAGUAUCAUCUCGUAGAAGAACUAUGCACAACUUCAACGCUGGCAUCAUUCUACAAUCUGCUUCAUGGAGGGGAACACUCCGACAUUACUAUCGUCUGUGGCGAUCACGAAUUCAAGGCUCACCGCGCGAUCGUAUGCACACGAUCUUUAUGGUUUGAAGUGGCAUUCACCGCCCCGGCCAAGAAGCGCAUCAUCAGAAAGGUAGAGGUCAAAGGAGUCAACCCUGAGGUUUUCCAGCGAUUUCUCGAAUUUAUCUACACGGGGACAUAUACGAUCGAAGGCGAGACACCACAACGAGAUCUCACAACGUCUCGAACCGAAGAGAUAGAGUCGAUGCUGGGGGGCAACUCAGAGCAGCCUCACAGCAUGCUAUCCAGCGAAGUAGCUGCAUCGGAUACCUCUUCCAAGCGCCCUGUCAGACGUUCCAGUAGGAAAUCGCACUCGACUACAGACUCGAUGGACGAAGCACCCGAUUCCGACCCUCCGAUGGCGACGGCUUCGCCCGACUCUUCGAUCCCGGAGGAAAUCCUAUUCAAAACUCCCCUUCCUCCCGCAAUGACCAUUUCGCUUGAGCUGUACAAUCUUGCCCACGAGUACAAAGUACCUGCCCUCCAACUCCUUGCUAGAGAGCGUUUCUUCAGAGCAGCCAAAGCCCGUUGGCUCUCAUCCUGGGAAGGGGCAAGCUGGGAGGACACAAAGGAGUUUGAAGAUGUUGUUCUGAGCCUCUAUACAUCUCAACACGGCGAGCCUAUGUGGAAGGUUCUGGUUCUAUUGGUCCAGGCAAAGACUCAGGAUGACAUGAUGAAGCGUCGAAUGCACGAUGUAGCGAAGGAGCAUUAUGAUCUUCUGACUGGUGUUGAAGGACAGGUAGCCUAA